AUGUCGAACAUAUGUCGGAAGUUGGAGAAAACUUGUCAGAAUGCGAGACAGCGGGGAAACCAGCGGGAGUUGGCCCUGGCUCUCGAGGAACUCGCUUGCUACCUUGCCGAUCAGAGAUCUUGGGACCGUCUCGUCGAAGUUCGGACCGAACUACUUGAGGUUUUGGAGAAACUCCAUGAUACGCUGGAACUGGCUCGAUGUCAUCGAUUCAUCGGUGAGGCUUAUUUGGAAUUACGAGACCCUGACUUGGCUUUACGUCAUGUGAAAAUGUAUCUGAAGCUGUGCCAGAACGAGUGCGAACUCGAGAAGCAGCGAGCUUUCACCACACUCGGAAGGGUUUAUGUCGCCAAGUUCGACAUCGAUGGAACAAAAGGUGCAUUGGACAAGGCCACGCAGUUCUAUAAUUCAGCACUAUACUUGGCGAUGAAGUUCGAAAAAGAUGAACAGCUCGGAUUAGAAGAAGCUCGGCUAAUGCGCGGCCGUUUGUUGUACAACCUGGCCCUGGCGGCCCAAAGGAAAGUGAACGGUGGGAAGAGUGAAGUUCUCAAACAUCUCGAGCGUGCCGUUUACACUCUGAAACAGGACGCUGUUCGCCUCGAAAGAUGGGAUCGCAAGCUCCAGGACGGAGACGGUGACGUCAACGAGCUCCACGAGAAAGUGGGAGACACCUUAGUGAGGUUCGGAUUCCUCGGAGCAGCUAUACGGUCUUACAGAAAGAUCGAAGCCCCCUUCGCCGCUAAGUGUAAACGAUACGCUGCUAUCUGUGGAUCGAUUGCUGAAACUUACAGCGACCUCUCAGACUUCGUCAAAGCAGAGGAAUGGUACCUCAGGGAGCUCCAAUACCGACACGAGGACGAAUUCGAGGAAUUGAGCAAUCUGUAUCUAUCAUUGAUCAACUGCAUACGGGAACCUCCGCAGCUCGAGAGGAUCAUCGACUUCUCGAGGAAAGCAUCGGAAUGCGCGGAACGGUGCACGAAGCGAUUCGUCAAGAAAAACGUCCUCGAGAGAUUGAAGGAGCUAAGGGCGGAAAUAGAGAAUCUCGAGAUUCCGAACUUCGAGUCACUUGAAAAGCAAUUGGAUGGAGGACAAUCGACCGACUCCGAAACAUCGAUGACAGAAGAAUCGAAUCGUGAUACUUCGGUCGAUUUGUCGGAUUUAUCUGUCGAGGUGACUUCCGACACGGAGGAGCGAGCCACGAAGGCUCGGACCGGAUCAAGGCGGAUCACCGAAAAGAAGAACGAACGAGGCGAAACUUUGCUGCAGCAGGAGUGCAUCAAAGGCAAUCUAGCCGCGGUUCAGAAACUCAUCGGCCAAGGCUUCGAUGUGAAUUCCGUUGACAACGGCGGUUUCUCUUGUCUUCACGACGCGGCAAACCAUGGAUUCUUUGAAAUAGUGAAGCUUCUGGUGGAAGCUGGAGCCGUCGUGAACAAAGAGAGCAAGGACUUCUCUCACAGGAUCACCCCGCUUCAUUCUGCGGCAGCCGAUGGCCACUAUCUGAUCGUAUCUUAUCUUCUGGAUCAUCGAGCUAAUGCGAAGGCCCUGACCAUACGGGGACAGACAGCUUUCGAUCUUUUGGAGGUGUCAGAAACCCAGGACGAAGUGUACAUAUCUAUUCGGGAGAGACUUCAAGCCGCCGAUGCCGAAGUACGCCAUCUCAAGAACAUGGUCAAACGGCGUUUCCAACACAUUACGACGCCGUCGCCUUUUCUGACCGUGAACAACGACGACAAAUCCGCCGGACCGGCCGACGCUAUCAUGAUCGAAGAGGAUGUCGUCUCGACGAAGGGUCGAAAGAGAAAGAAACAGAGGAAUUUGGAUUCCAUCGUAGUGAGAAGUAAACGUGUCCGAGAGCCGAGUUCCGAACGCGACGGAGAGCCGUCCGCAUCAAAUUAUCGCUGUCGAACUCCUUCACCGAAACGCAAGCGGCAACCCACGAUCCUGUCAGCCAUCCAGAACAUGAGCGACGAUUCAAACGGAGCGAACGACACAAUCAAAGACGCCUUCGAAAGGACAUUGAUGUGCAGCACCCCAACGAAAAACCGGGGCCGUGACGACACUGUAAUUGAUGUUGACGUUUCAGACACAACACUGAAGGACAAGGAUGCAAACAUUGCGGAUCGAGACACCGGUAAUAGCACGAUAUCGGAAAAGUCUUCGUCUUCGAGCGUCUCCGGUUUCGGCCUCGCGUCUGUUCACCUAGUCAGGGUCAGAGUGGAGGAGAGAUUGCUCUCGAUUCCGCUGCCGAGGGAUUUUUCCGAACUCACCAUCGGUUACCUCGAGCAGCAAGCCGCGGAGCGGUACCAGGCGAUCGAGGGAACCCGGCCGGUGGUGAACAUAGCUCUCGAGGAUGGCGCUCUUUUAUGUUCGUCUGACCCAAUCGUCUGUGUUCAGGGUAUUCCUGUGCUGAAAGGAAUAGUCGCUGCUUGGAACGUCCCGGCCCUCGAAGAGAGAAUCAAAAUCAAGCUCACAGGCAAGGCGUUGUCGAAAAAACUUCUACAAAGAUGUCAGAUCGCCACCACGUUCGGCAAGUUGGAGCUCGAUCACAUGAAGGUUCCCCAGGAGCUGUUCAUAGUUUUAAAGCACGAAACACAUCUGCACACCCUCAAAAUGCUCUUCGUACAUCUGGAUACGAACGCGUGUCAGCAGCUGAGUGAGGCGUUCGCCCGACUGAAAAAUUUGAAGUUUCUUUCCCUCGCUGGCUCUGGUCUCAGCGGAAAACAGUUCCUGGAUGUUUUCGCGAAAUUUGCCAGCAUGGAACUCGAGGAGUUGGAUCUGAGUUUCAAUUCCGCUGAUAAUUUCUUCGUUAACCUCCUCCGGAGCCUCGUUCCUCGACUGAGAUCCUUGAAAUCUUUGAUAGUUUCUUCGUGCAACAUCACUGACACCUCUUGUAUAAACGACAUCCUAGAUCAAGGCACGGUUUCGAAGGUAGACCUGUCCUGCAAUCCUCUCGGAGAGAACGGACUCCGGACGUUAGAGGGAGUGCUUCGUCAAACUAGUCUGAAAGAACUCGAUCUAAGCAAUUGCGUGAAGCAGAAGGUGACGAUAGAAUUUCUAAUAGAAUUCCUGGAAAAAUGUAAAAAUCUAAAGACUGUGAAACUCAACGGCUUGCUCAUCGAAGAAUACCAUCCGAGGGAUAGCUUAGCGACAUCGACGAGUUUCGACACAGCAUUGCAGCUCCACAUGGAGAAGACUCCGCCAAUAUCUUGGAAUUUACGCGAAAGUCUCGAAUCGUAUUUAGGGAAAUUAGUCAUGGACGAUGUAUGA